AUGAUCUCCCACACGGAUCAGGAGGAGCUGUGGUUCUCCCACCUCCACGCCUACGAAGGGAAGACGGUUCUGGGUGGCACCUGUCCAGCUGAAGAUGGGAUUGUGAACAAGAAAGAGGAAGAUGCCCAUCAAGGCACCCCUGGGCCGGUGGAGUCCGAGGGUUUACUCUCAGGAUUCCCCAAUGAGAACAGUUCCCAGAGUCCUGCACAGGACCCAGUCCUCUCACACAGGUCAGAAAGGGUUCAGAGACCUCUGGGGAAGAGGCAAAGCCGAGUGACACUACAUGGAAAAAGUUUCAGGAGGCUGCCAGAUAUUAUCCAGCAGAGAAAUCCUUCUGUGAGGAGACUGACGAUAUGUGGGGACUGUGGGAAGAGCUUCCGGGUGAGCUCCAACCUCAUCCAGCAUCGGAGAAUCCACACUGGAGAGAAACCCUUUGGCUGUGCCGAGUGUGGGGAGAGCUUCCGUCAGCGGUCGCAUCUCAUCCAGCACCAGAGAAUCCACACAGGGGAGAGGCCCUACGAAUGCUCCGAGUGCGGGAAGAGCUUCAGCAUGAGCUCGAGGCUGAUCCGGCACCAGGUAACCCACACUGGGGAGAAGCCCUACAGGUGUGCCGAGUGCGGGAAGAGCUUCUCCGGGAAUGCACAGCUCAUCCAGCACCAGCGAGUGCACACCGGGGAGAAACCCUACGAGUGCUGCGUCUGCGGGAAAAGCUUCAGCGUGAGCUCAGCCCUGACGCGACACCAGCGGGUCCACACCGGGGAGAAGCCGUAUGAGUGCUCCGAGUGUGGGAAGAGCUUCGCCGUGAGCUCAGCCCUCAUCCAACACCGGCGGCUCCACAUGGGUGAACGCCCCUACGGAUGCACCGAAUGUGGAAAGAGCUUCACCGUGAGCUCCCACCUCAUUCAGCACCGCCGCUUCCACACAGGGGAGCGCCCCUUCGAGUGCAGCGAGUGUGGGAAGAGCUUCCUGUGGAGAUCAGCCCUGCUCCGGCACCACCGGGUCCACACAGGGGAGAGGCCCUACGCCUGCGCUGACUGCGGGGACAGCUUUCGGCAGAGCGCCCACCUCAUCCAGCACCGGCGCAUCCACACCGGGGAGCGUCCCUAUGCCUGUGCCGACUGCGGGAAGCGCUUCACUGUGAGGUCUGCGCUCCUCCGGCACCAGCAGAUCCACAGCGGCGGGGAGCCCUAG